UUUCGCUUUUUUUUUCUCAACUUUGAUAAGACAGAGAGUGUAAUCCUCACUGGAAUGUCUGGUGAUAAGUACCCGACGACUCUUCACGACAAUCACAUCGCAUAACGAAUGAUAGAGAUAGUGCAAUGUCACGAGAGAAGCUAAUUUCUACCACGACAGUAGUGGCGUCAGUGUGUAUACUGUUGUCGGUUCAGUUCAUCAGUUGCUGCAGUGCCGCCGAGGAGGAGACUAAAAACAGCGGAAUGGUCGUGAACGUUCAGACGGCUUUUGUCGAGCACGAGGUCGUUCCAGAUGUGGUGGACGCAGCUCCGAAAGAGCUGUUAAAGGUCACCUACCCCAGCGGUGUGUCGGCCAACGGAGGCGAAGAGCUCACCCCCACCCAGGUGAAAGAUCAACCGAAGCUAGAAUGGUCGGCUGACCCAAACGCAUUCUACACCCUGUUCAUGGUGGACCCGGACGCUCCCAACCGACAGGAGCCCAAAUUUCGCUCCGUUUGUCACUGGUACGUGGGAAACAUUCCCGGCGAUAAGAUCGAGCAGGGCGAUCAUCGCAUAGCGUUCGUUGGAUCGGGACCUCCGCAGGGCAGCGGGUUGCACCGGUAUGUGUUUCUGGUGUACAAGCAAACCAAUGGACGAGUGGACCUAUCGGAGGCACCGCGCACCUCCAACCGCAGCCGGAACAACCGGCUGAACUUCCAACACAAGGACUACGUGAAGAAGUACAACCUGGGUGAGCUGGUUGCUGGUAACUUUUACCGGGCCCAGUUCGACGAUUACGUUCCAACUCUGCAUGCUCAACUGUCGUCCGGUACGGAGUGAUGCAGUGCAAGCCGAAUAGAGCAACUAAUUGUGUCUUGAAACUAUGGUGCGUGGAUUUUUUGUAAACUUCUUAUUCUAUUUUCGAAACACUUCAGUAAACGACUACCUAAUUGGAAACUUACUAUAAUAAAAGUAUUAAAAAACAA